AUGUUUUUCCCUGGACAGGCGAUGAGGGCUGAGAGGGAGCAGGAACAGCACCGGCUGCUGCAGCAGCAGCAACAACAACAAGAGCAGCAGCAGCAGCAGCAGCAGCAGCAGCAGGACGUGGAACUGAUACAAGACGAUCCGCAACAAGAGCUGCAGCAGGAGCUGCAGCUGAGCGCGGUAGAAGCAACAAGUGCAGCAAAUGAAGCAACAGCAGCAACUGCAACAACAGCAGCAACUGCAGCAACUGCAGCAAACAGCAAUUCACCGCCUGUCGCUGCAGAUACACCUGAGUCUGCUGCUGCUUUAAAUUGA